AUGGGUAUUACAUUGAGUCUUUUUUAUUUAUUUUUUUUUCUUUUUUUAUUUUUUGAUCGGGAGAUUUAUUCACAGAUUAAUCCACGAAGCAAAUUGUGCAUCGCGAUUAAAGUUUCUUGUACGUGCUUUCUAUUGUAAUAUUUCAGGCUCGUACUGUCAACUAGUUAAAGUAGCCAAGAAACAAGGCAAUUAUAUACAAGGGUACUUUUUAAUAUUCUUAUUUCUUUCGUAGUUCUUAGAAAUCUCAAAGUUCCUCUUUCAUAUGAAGAGAGGAAUUUUCAGAUGGUUAAUGUAAAUCAGCUCAUACUAUACUACCAUUCAAAAAUGAUGAUUUCAUAUAUUCUAAUCUAUCAUUGAAUAACCCAAUUUUUUUGAACGGUGGUAUACUUAUUAUAACGUUACUUAUCGAAUGAACUUGCUCGAACAUUCAUUUUCUUCUUUUCUUUUCAAUCUAGGAGGCACGAUGUUGCCACCCCCACCAGUCGCGAUAUUUCCACCUGCUGCUGCAAUGCUACCGCGUGGACCGCCACAGUUUGCAGCACCUUAUCCACCUCCGAUUUUCUAUUGGCCCUAUCCUUCACCGCCUGUCAGUCCAACUAAUUAUUAUAAUCCGGCGAAUGUUGGUGGGAUCGGAAUUCCUCAGCAGGCAGCCUUGUUAACUCCAGCAGAAUGUCUGCAAUUAGCACCAGGAGCAACUGUACCUGCUGCGACCACACCGACUGCAGAACCACCACGUAUCGACGCUUUCCUUUCUCGAAUGGACUUGGAAAAGCGUGUACCUAUCCCUGCACCACCGCAAGCAGAAUGCAAUCCUUUUAUCGAAGUAUUCAUGUUGACGUUUCGAUCGUUUUACAUAGGCUGGAAAUCACUGGAAAUUAGUGAACAAAAGUUGAUGUUCGGAAUUCGAGCAAUGAGUUUGAUACAUGACGUGGUAGCAUUUAAUUCAAGCAAAAUAUUCGGUUCGCAACAUUGUGGUUCCGAGUAUCGAGCUACAGUUGGUCGAACACGUUGA